CACCCAACCCUGCCUUGAAUUAGGGUUCCACAGGGAGUCGGGGUGGGAGGAUGGGGCGUUUCCUACUGGCCAGCUUUGGACCCACUCCGUGAAACCCUGGGUUCUGGCGAAUUCCCAGAGCUGAGAAGACACUGGAUGUCGGCAAUCCAAGGCUUAUGGAUACCCCCUGGCUGGUCUUCAUGGAGAAAUCUUUCCUGAUCACCACCCUGAAUCCCAGAGCAGCUGCUGUCUCUCCAUGGACAGAACGAGAGGCCCUCUGUAACCACUCGUAACUGGCCAUCAUGGGGAAGCUGACCAGGAUAGGGCUGCAGGAGAGACGGUUACUCCAGCCAAAAAGGCUUCGUUGGAGUCGCCUCCUCUUCCUAGUGGGAAUGUUGGUCAUUGGCUCCACCUACCGGCACCUGAGGGGACCUCAGAGCCUGCUCUCACUGUGGGCAGAAGUCUCUUCCCAACAACCUAUAAAACUGGCCAGCCGGGACCUCCCCAAUGAUGAGACAAUGAUGGUGAGCAGUGAGCCUCCACCAGCUAGCUCUGAAGUGGAGAGGAAGAUGGUAGCGCCCCAAGCCACAGUGGGCAGGGAUCAAGCACCACCCAGCACGACAAGGCAGAACACCCGCAGUCCACCCAAAAGAAAAGCCAAGAUCGUUCCGAUGACACCCAAAAACAGUCACAGCCCAACGGCAGCCAGCACAGAAAGAGCAAAGGAAAACACCCCAGUUGCUAGGGUUCUGAAUCAUGACAGCCCAACUUCAGGUAGACUGACAGUAAACAAUCACACCCCAACACCCAGACAAGAAAUGAAGAGCUACCGCCCAACCCAAGCCAAGAGGAAGGGAAAGAAGCUCAUCCCUUCCCCAACCGGGGGGACAGUGGACGCUUACACACCGGCCACGUUCACGACAAUGGCCACCAACCUCGGGGUCACCCCUGGCACAGCCAUGCGAAGCAGCAGAACUGUGGCAGCUGCUGAAGUGUGGGAGACGGGUUCUGCCGAGAGAAUAGUAGGUGAAACCAUCCCCGCCACUUUCAAGGGAAUAGUUAAGAACACCCCAAUUUUCCCAACACGCAAGGCAAAAACAAACACGUCAACUUCUCCAAGGAGUUUAGUGGAAAAGGACGCGAUGAGCAGCCCCAGAAGAGGGGGAAAUAGCGGCCUCACAAGUCCUCAGACAUCAGUAGGAAAGAACAAGCCAAUGACUCCCCGGGAAGCAGCCUUGGAGCACCCCUCAGCCACCUCCGAGGAGCAGGUGACAAUCAGCACGGUCACAGGGAGCAGCCUGGUGAAAACCAAAGCCUCUGCUGCAGCCCGGAGUGUGAGGGUCCCCUGGCCCCAAGCCAGUGCACCACCCUCCAGAGCAGCCCCAGUCACCCGCUGGGAGCUGGAGAAGAAAUGGCCCAUAGCACGAAGCAGCUCAGCCACUCCCAACGUCAGGGCCACCCCGACCACCCAGGUCCAGCACUGUAUGGCUGUGGAGUCAGCUCCGGCCGCACCCAGCACCCCAUCCCACAGACUGACCACAGCCCUGCUCCCAGGGGUUCCCACUCCCAGUCUCUCAGCACCCCUGCCUGGCUGGCCGGAACCCCACCCCAAAGGAGAGUACCCCCAGGACCUGUUCAGCGUGGAGGAGCGGCGACAGGGCUGGGUGGUCCUGCAUAUCUUCGGCAUGAUGUAUGUGUUUGUGGCCCUGGCCAUCGUGUGUGAUGAGUACUUUGUCCCAGCCCUGGGUGUCAUCACGGACAAGCUGCAGAUCUCAGAGGAUGUGGCUGGUGCCACAUUCAUGGCUGCAGGAGGCUCCGCCCCGGAGCUCUUCACCUCCCUCAUCGGUGUCUUCAUUUCCCAUAGCAACGUGGGCAUCGGUACCAUCGUGGGCUCGGCAGUGUUUAACAUCCUCUUUGUCAUCGGCACCUGCUCCCUCUUCUCCCGGGAGGUUCUCCACCUCACCUGGUGGCCGCUGUUCCGCGAUGUCUCCUUCUAUAUCCUCGACCUGUCCAUGCUCAUCAUCUUCUUCCUGGACAGCCUCAUCGCCUGGUGGGAGAGCCUGCUGCUGCUGCUGGCCUACGCCCUGUACGUGUUCACCAUGAAGUGGAACAAGCAGAUCGAGGUCUGGGUGAAAGAGCAGCUCAGCAGGAGGCCGGGAGCCAAGAUACUGGCCCUGGGGGACCUCGGCAAGGAAGACAUGGCUGGAGCUGAGAAGAAAGGUGAAAUUGAGGAGAAAGGUGGUGGGAAAGGUAAAAGGGCAGCAGAAGGAAAAGAUAAACGUGAAGACAAAACUGAGACAGGAGGAAAACAAGAUAGUGGUGAAACUGAGGCAGAAGGAAAAGACAAGCAGGAAGAUGAACAUAAAAUACAAGCAGAAGAUGAAGGGCAAAGUGAAGGUAAAGCUGAAGCCCCAGAAGCCAAAGCUGAAAAUGCAGAAGUCAAAAAUGAGAAAGAUACAGAUGAUGAGGGGGUCAGUGAAGAGGACGAGGAGGACGAGGAGGACGAGGAGGACGAGGAGGAGGAAGAGGAAGAAGAGGAGCCUCUGUCCCUGGAGUGGCCUGAGACCAGGCAGAAGCAGGCCAUUUACCUCUUUCUCCUGCCCAUCACGGUCCCGCUGUGGCUGACGGUGCCUGAUGUCCGGAGGCAGGAGUCUAGGAAGUUUUUUGUUAUCACCUUCCUAGGAGCCAUCAUUUGGAUAGCCAUGUUCUCCUACCUCAUGGUGUGGUGGGCUCACCAGGUUGGUGAAACAAUAGGGAUUUCAGAAGAGAUCAUGGGCUUGACAAUCCUAGCAGCUGGCACAUCAAUUCCUGACCUCAUCACAAGUGUGAUCGUUGCUCGGAAAGGCCUAGGAGACAUGGCUGUGUCAAGCUCAGUGGGCAGUAACAUAUUCGAUAUCACUGUGGGCUUGCCGGUCCCUUGGUUCCUUUACUCCCUCAUCAACGCACUGCAGCCGGUUCCAGUCAGCAGCAAUGGUUUGUUCUGUGCGAUUGUUUUGCUUUUCCUCAUGCUUCUCUUUGUAAUCUCAUCAAUUGCAUUGUGCAAAUGGAGAAUGAACAAGAUCCUGGGCUUCACCAUGUUCCUUCUUUACUUUGUGUUCCUGAUCAUCAGUGUGAUGUUAGAAGAUCGAAUCAUCUCCUGCCCUGUGUCUAUCUGAGUCAGUGACUACUAUGCACAAUGCACAUGGGUGGGAAGACCAGGCCAGAAUUACUGGACCUCUAGUGACACAAGGGGAAACAUGGUUCAGGAGGUUCAGGAGGAUGGAGUGAGCAGCCCGAGUCUCUAUGAGAAUGUGAGCUGGACCUGAGCCAUAUCCUUGGAAACGCCUGCAGUUCUUUGUGGACUGAGGAACCUCAUGCCACAAGGUGGCAUUCCUACCCGAUUCAGGCCCACGGCAAUCACACGGAGGAAGCAGGAAUCCUACUGGAGGAUGUCAAGGGAAGGGCAGGGCUGCACCGCAGCAAUAACAUGAGCUCCCUGGCUCAAGUUAGUUGCCUGCUCAUUCCCGAAGAGCCCCUGAUCCAAAGAUGCAGAUGGGAUCUAAAUCUUAGUCCCCUGGCCCUGCCCAACCACACCAUGCAGUUUGCUAUGUUCUCUCUGUUGAAAGGUGAAAUUCUACCAGCUUUGCAAUCACUACAGGUCUGGUUAUUAGCUAAGGCUACAGGGGGAAAAAAGCGUAACAAUCAGUUAUUCUCUAUCAUAGUCCAGCAAAGUAUACACCAGUAUUUUUUAGCUUAAAAAGAAGACAUUAGCUUUUAAUGCUGCAUUUCUGGAAAGUGAAAUUCAAACAUGAAAUUGUCAGAGAGGUGAAAACUUGUAAUCUUCCCUUGAUUUGGAAGAAGUGGAGAAAAGUAACAGCCUCCAAGGGCUACUUAAAAAUUUUAUGUAUGAGAAAACCCAAAUUUGGGUUGUUGCCAUCCGUGGUCACCCAAGGGAUCAGGUAAUGCUGCUCCCAGGGGCUCUCACUGGGCAGUGAUGUGAUUUUAGAGAGCGCAAAGUCAGCAGACUCAUGUCUGGCUUAUAAAGUAAGUGGUCCAGCAGGCAGUUCUAUUUCUUGUAACCCUUGACAGGGUUGUGAGGCAGGAACACUGAUUUCUUGUAUGGUUUGUAAGUGGAUUUUAAGGCAGUUAACAAGGGGAAAUCCCAAAAGUCACACAAUGAUGAGGUGAGAAAAAAAAAGUAACAGCACUUCUAAGUUAGCUACUGUAAAAGGUGUGUGUUACCAUAAAAAUUUUUGUUUAAACAUUUCAUGUGGAGUUUGAUAGCUUUAUGUCUCUGGUUUCAGAGCAAAAAGGACUUAGGUGACCUCAGAUUAUAAUGGCAAAGGUGGCUUUAAGUAUGAGGGAUGAGUCACUCAAGCACAGAGUAGGAAUGAUGUGCAUGAAAAACAGUAUCAAUCAUGUGGUGCUGGAAGGCUAAGGUGCACGAAGCACUCCAUCUUUUAAGAUGAACUGGUUCAUUUGAUUAACUGCCUCACUGCUUCAGGAUGCCCAUUUUUUGGAAGUAAUUUUUAUUAAAUUUCAAUAAAAAUA